AUGGGAGGAGCUAUAAGUGUAAACUGCGGGUGCUUUACUGUCAUAAGCUCGGCCUGUAAAGGGGUUAGCUCAUAUUGGCAUCCAAAGCCAAGCUGCGAAAAGCUCUCGAUUUUAGAAGAAGAUGAUUUAUACCCAGCUGGGCUGCUUUCAGAACAAGAAAUUCAGAGGCUGCUGAAUGAGAGCUUAGAUCUCUAUGGGUCUUGCAAAGAGGUAGGGAAUAGUCAAGAUUAUAGAUCGAAUGAAGAGUAUGCAGUAAAUUUUGAUAAUUCUAAUUAA